GCAAAUUUAACAUUGCAGUUACAUAGUCUCUGUUCAGAUCGAUUAAACGUAAACGUGAACUUAUAAAGGAAGGAUAGAGACACUAUAUUAUCGCAGAUCGCAGAUUAGGUUUCAGUCCUGAAGACAGAUGACCAGACUAUUUCUAUCUUUCAUCGAAGCCCAAGAAUGCUGAUUUGAAUCAUUGAUUCGUAAUUAACACUUUAUGAGAAUAUAGGAUUUUCUCAACGUUCAAUAGCAACUACCACAUUGUCUCCUGCUAAUCUGUUACACUGGUGAAGAUCGUUGUUGAAAGAUGACAUUCGCAUGGCCUCGAUGCGAUCCCCUCGUACAGCUAGUUUUCGACGUUAUAAAGAACAAGUCAACAGAAGGCCAACACCUAAUUGCUCAGAAAAGAGGCAAAUUAAUAAAAAAAUCCGGAUCAUACACAACGGCUCUGACGUCACACUAACUGAUGCUUUAGAAAUCAAAAUGUCAAGUUUCAUGAUAGAUGAUCUACUUCGUGAAACCAACCAUGUGGAGCAAAGAGCAAGUUCUUACAAAAUGAAGCCCAAUCAGGGCAUAACUGGAGUCAGUACGAGGGGAAAGCAGGACCAUUUGCUAAGAUUAAAGAAAGGAACAUCCGGUCCAGAGACUCACAUCAAAGGCAGAGCAUAUCAUGGUCAUAACAGUUUACUGCAAUAUCUAGAGCCAAGGGUAAUUAGGAAUCAGAUAGUGUCACGUACAUCGCUCUCUAAAAUGCCAGCAGAGUUACCAUGUAUCUGUGUGAUUCCACCCGUCGCAAAAUCCUGCGGAUGUAUGCAGAAUUAUUACUUACAGCAGCAACAACAACAACUUCUGUCAGGUUUCCGUGGAAUCGAUACGACUCUCCAAGAAAUUAUGACAAAGAAGGAAGAUCAAUUGAAGGGAAUUGAAAGUCCCAGCCCUCAGGAUAUGAAAAUAACAAAACCAGCAGCAAGCGCCAAGAUCUCAGUUGAAGAAUCAGAAUUGGAGAGCAAAAAAUAUGACUGGAUGAUCAAUCCACGACCAUUUUACAGGAAAGCAGAUGGAAAGCGUCAAACAAAUAACAGCUUAGAAUCGAAACGUGAAAGAACGACAUUCAACAAAGCCCAAAGGUGUGAGCUUGAGCAUCAGUUUCAGUUCAGUCGAUAUCCAUCACGAUUCGAAAGGGCACAACUGGCAAACUUUCUAGGAUUGACUGAGUUCCAAGUAAAGGUUUGGUUCCAAAACAGACGAAUGAAAUACAAGCGUUGGAAAAGUGCUGGAAAACAUUCAAAAUAUCACAAGGAUGGUUUUUUGUGCUCGCAUACAUGGUGA